AUGAUUGGCGCUCGUCGUCGACACGAUCCAGCUCGUUCCAGUUUUUCUUCAACAUGUACAACAGCUAGUAGUAAUGCACGUUGGAGUGAUGUAUCAGCAACAAUAUCUCACAAUCCGGCUUUACUAUCGCCGCACCGAUCUGUGCAGAAAUCUAAUCGACGUUUUAUGUUUCCUAUUGUACCUGCGUCUUGUUUGCCUGAUUCUCCCACUUCGCCGCGUGCUGCUGUUCGCGAUCUUUGUUUGCCACGUCAAGAGCCUCGUCCUCCAUCGGAUAUACUUAAUCGAUCACAUCUUGGCUCUUGUUCACCAUCUCUCGCCAAAUUUAGUCGAACGAUUACAAGUCAACAUGUUUCCACAUCGACAAGCACAACGACAUUACCCUCAUCAACCAUUCAUUCAGGUACUUUCCUCCAUCCAACAAUGACUUAUCUCACAGUGAAUGGUCUUCGAACAAACCAUCAUCACCAUAAUUGUCGGCAUACACGGUAA